AUGAGUGUGGAAAUACCAGUGGUGAAGCUGGAUGAGGAUGCUACUGUAUUUGAAGAGACGCCGACAAAAACAGGUAGAGAUGAAUUACCUAGAACACCCUGGCUGGAACCCAAGCAAGAUGAAGCGCAUAGCAGGCGAGGGAGUUCUUCGAAUGAUGCAGGUACAGGUGGAUUGAGGAAACGGUCUGGGAGCAGGACUUCAAGUGGCAGGCGGUCACGCAAUUCGAGCAGUAUAUCGCCGGCAUCGAUGGUGUUCAGAAAUUUGUUGAUACUAGAGGAUGAUCUACGAUCCCAAUCCCGGAGACUAAGGGUCCUUAGACUACAAUUCACAGCAUUUUUAUCUACACUAGCUGGUAUAGCUGCUUUCUCUUUUUAUUUACUAUAUUUCAGCGAUGAACCUGCGCAGGGAGUAUACAGGUUUAUACUACAAUUUUCGUUACUAUUCAUCAUGAUCACAGUGGUGUUGUUCCAUCUUAGUGGGCAGUAUAAGAGGACUAUAAUCAUUCCUAGGCGGUUUUUCAUGUCUACUAACAAAGGUAUUAGGCCAUUCAACUUGAAAUUGGUGAAAGUCCAUUCUACAAUCGACGAGAAGUUCACUGAUUUGGUGCGGUUUAUCACGCGCAAGAUUGCAUACUUAAACCAGUGGUUUCUGCAGAAAAUACUGAUGUUGGGGGAGACCAACGCUGUGGUACAGUUUUGGGUAGGCGUGGCUAUACGAUCGCAGCCCAGGAUUGGUGCUGUAGAUGUAAAACUUAUACUAAACCCAAGGGCCUUCAACGCAGAGAUACGUGAAGGAUGGGAGAUAUACAGAGACGAGUUUUGGGCAAGAGAAGGUGCGAGGAGACGCAAAUCAAACAAUUCAACAUGA